AUUGCUUUCCUUCUUUUGCUCUUUUCUGAAUUCGUUUCUUCAGUUGUCCAAGUCCACCAUUUUUUAGCAUUCAGUCUUUUUCAAAAGCUCAACUUGUUCGACAUGUCAGGUGAUAAUCUCCACCAGGCUUGCCAAAGUCUCAACACAAACUUGGCUCGAUAUCCCAUCAUGGCCGUCGGCCUCCCCUUGGUCGGCGGGUUCCUCUCCGCUACACCAUGGCGCGACAAUGCAAAGAUUUAUUAUGAAUCAGCACGGAAGCCAAGUUGGGCUCCACCUGCACGCGCUUUCGCACCAGUCUGGACAGCUUUGUAUAUAUCUAUCGGUUAUGCAUCUCACUUGGUUGCCCUACGUACCGGACCCUACACACCGCCUUUGAUCCGUGAUUUUGCAAAAACUGGAUUGGGUCUCUAUGGAUUAAAUUUGGCUUUUAAUUUUGCCUUCACACCCAUCAGGUUCGGUAUGAAUAAACUUGGCGCUGCCCUUGUCACUAUCACUGGAGCCACCGUGUCUUCUGUCGCUAUGGCAUAUUAUUAUUUCAAAGUUGACAAGCACGCUGGUUACUUGACGAUCCCAUAUGUUGCCUGGCUUGGAUAUGCAACCGCAUUGAGCUAUGACACCUGGGUCAAUAAUGCCCAAGGUCCCGCUGCCGAUCAUGCUCGAAAACUCGGCAAGGAUGUCAAUGAUGUUGUUCAGCAUGCCAGGGAUGAGAUUAAGGAUGCAGCCGUGCAUAUCAAGGAGGACGCCAGAGAUGCUGCUCGUUCCAUCAAUAAGCAUGCUAAAGAUGCUGUCAAUCAUGCUUCUCACAAAGUUGACGAAGAGCUCAAAUAGAAUC